CAGCACACACACACACCCCAUGGCCCCUCCUUUCCAUCUCCUAGGCUCAGCUUUCCAUCACAAAGCUCCCCCCACCUGGUCUUGUUCCACCUCCUCCGCCCACAAACCACAGCUCAGAUGUCCUAGGUUCUUGGACUGAGCUGGAGGCGCGUUAGGGGGAUGCGCUCCAUGAAGGCUCUGCAGAAUGCCCUGAGCUGGGCGGGCAGUUACUGCCGGCGGGGAGGCUGGGGUCACCUAAGUCGGAGUCCCCUCCUCAGCGGGGGUGUCCGGCACCAUCUCAGUGAGGCCGCGGCACAGGGCAGGGAAACACCGCGCAGCCACCAGCCGCAGCACCAGGAUCAUGACUCAUCAGAGAGUGGCAUGCUGUCCCGCCUGGGUGAUCUGCUUUUCUACACUAUUGCCGAGGGACAGGAACGAAUCCCUAUCCACAAGUUCACUACUGCAUUGAAGGCCACUGGUCUGCAGACAUCAGAUCCCAGGCUCCGGGAUUGCAUGAGCCAGAUGCGCCGCAUGGUUCGAGAGUCCAGCAGCGGUGGCCUCUUGGACCGAGAGCUCUUCCAAAAGUGUGUGAGCAGCAACAUUGUGCUCCUGACCCAGGCAUUCCGAAAGAAGUUUGUCAUCCCUGAUUUUGAGGAUUUCACGGACCAUGUGGAUCGCAUCUUUGAAGAUGCCAAAGAGCUCACUGGAGGCAAAGUGGCGGCCUACAUCCCUCAACUAGCCAAGUCAAACCCAGACCUGUGGGGUGCGUCCCUGUGCACUGUGGAUGGUCAGCGGCACUCCGUGGGCCACACCAAGAUCCCCUUCUGCCUGCAGUCCUGUGUGAAGCCCCUCACCUAUGCCAUCUCCAUAAGCACCCUAGGCACUGACUAUGUGCACAAGUUCGUAGGCAAGGAACCUAGUGGGCUACGCUACAACAAACUCUCCCUCAAUGAGGAAGGAAUCCCCCAUAACCCUAUGGUCAACGCUGGUGCCAUUGUCGUGAGCUCGCUGAUCAAGAUGGACUGUAACAAGGCAGAGAAGUUUGAUUUUGUGUUGCAGUAUCUGAACAAAAUGGCUGGAUAUGAAUACAUGGGUUUCAGCAAUGCCACAUUCCAGUCAGAGAAGGAAACGGGGGAUCGGAAUUAUGCCAUUGGCUAUUAUCUCAAGGAAAAGAAGUGCUUUCCUAAGGGGGUGGACAUGAUGGCUGCCCUUGAUCUCUACUUCCAGCUGUGCUCUGUGGAGGUCACCUGUGAAUCAGGCAGUGUUAUGGCAGCCACCCUCGCCAAUGGUGGGAUCUGCCCCAUCACAGGGGAGAGUGUGCUGAGCGCUGAAGCAGUGCGCAACACCCUUAGCCUCAUGCAUUCCUGUGGCAUGUACGACUUCUCUGGCCAGUUUGCCUUCCAUGUGGGCCUGCCAGCCAAGUCAGCUGUGUCAGGAGCCAUCCUGCUGGUGGUACCCAAUGUCAUGGGAAUGAUGUGUCUGUCACCACCACUGGACAAGCUGGGGAACAGCCACAGGGGUAUCAGCUUCUGCCAGAAGUUGGUGUCUCUCUUCAAUUUCCACAACUAUGACAACCUGAGGCACUGUGCGCGGAAGUUAGAUCCACGGCGUGAAGGGGGAGAAGUUCGGAAUAAAACUGUGGUAAACCUGUUAUUUGCUGCCUAUAGUGGGGAUGUCUCGGCUCUUCGAAGGUUUGCCUUGUCGGCCAUGGACAUGGAACAGAAAGACUAUGACUCUCGCACAGCCUUGCAUGUUGCUGCAGCUGAAGGACAUAUUGAAGUUGUUAAGUUCCUGAUUGAGGCCUGCAAAGUGAAUCCUUUAGUCAAGGACAGGUGGGGCAACAUUCCCCUGGAUGAUGCUGUGCAAUUCAACCACCUAGAAGUGGUCAAGCUGCUUCAAGAUUACCAGGACUCCUAUACACCAUCCGAGACUGCAGCUGAGGCAGUGACGGAGGCUCUGUCCAAAGAGAACUUAGAGAGCAUGGUGUGAGCAUAAGGCACAUAGUCCCUGCUCAAGAAAAAGCACGAGUUGGCCAUACACUUAACUCAUAACCACCAAAAAUGUUAUGGAGAGUUACACUGCUUCAGUGGGUACCAAGAAAGUGAUUUGGUGACUUAGGCCAGUGCUUUCUGAGUCAAAAUACCCCAUUCCAUUGACAGACAGGUACAGAGAAGGGUCUCAGGGGACAUUUGAAGAGAGCAACCCACGAAGUCUAUGGGCUUCUUUGAGGUACAGCUUAGCCCACUCAAAACCACCCCAGGUUUAUACACCCAGGUCCCUUGUCCUCUCCCCAAGAAAACCAUCACGACUGGAAGACACUCUGAUGGAUGAGCUCAGCUAUCACACACAGAGGAAGGGAGAGGAGGACCUAUGUACCUAGAGAGGUCUGUCCCCAUUAGCCAGGACAUGCUGCUACUGCAAACAAUUUUAUAGACAGAGAAAAGUAUUUUGUGCUCAAAUAAACUUUAAUUACACAAAU